CAAAGAAAUACUUACCUACCGUAUCCUUUAUGUAGGAAAAGAUGCAGCAGCCCUAACACAGUGAUAUGUUCUAGAUCUCUCGCCUUCCACUGCUGCCUCAAGAUAUUACACAAACGAGUUAUAGCCUAUGAAAGUAUCUUUCAACAAACACCUCAAAGCACGAAAUAACCCUCUACUAGACUCCAUACAUCCAGAAAAGAACAUAAAUGUGAAAGAUUCCAUCCAGAUACGAAGCCCAACACAACAAAUCUACACCACCAGAGAGCUUCGAUACCACGAUGUUGUGUGCGAACAACCAAGAUGCUGCCAUGCCCUGCAAAAGCCCUGGCUCGCUAGCAUGUAAAAAAUGUCUCUUAGUCCCUUAUUGCAGCAAGCGCUGCCAGGUUGCCCAUUGGCCUAUUCAUCGCGAGGAUUGCAAAUCCAUAAAUAACUGGCAACCUUCGUGGGUAGAAGAAAACCGAGUACCCGCAUUCAUGGGUAGCAGUCACACACACGAAUCCUACGGGCCAAAUAAAUACCUCUGGGGUAACGUCCCAGCCAUUGAUGUUAUCCAGCUGAAAGAUAAUGAAGGGGUCGAUUUUAAGAAUCCAUUGAACCUCCUUUUUCCAGCUUCGGGGGAUAUGAGAAAUGUUAUCCUCUCUCUUGUCAAUCUUCAUUCUCAUAAUGGGCCGCUCGGUAUAGUAUUGAACGACAAGGAAAUGGAUAUAGUAGCUCGAAAUGCUAUAUUUCUGUUGACCUUUCUUGUUGAGGAUGAUCCGGUCAUUGCUGCAGAAUAUGUCCUUCACAUUUGGUAUUCAGCUUUGAUCACAGAACGCUGUCAAAGCUUCCUACAGAACAGACUCCGGCCAAUUGUGAAGAAUGUAUGCGACAAGAUCAUACAUAAGCCUGCCUCGUCGCUUUUAGCCAAGACAUGGUCAUUUGGCAACGCUUCUCUGCGACUAGUACUAUCUCGAGAUAAAUGGUUCUCUUUCCUAUCAUACUUUGAUGUUCCUGAGGGUUUGACCAAAGACACCGCCCAACGCGUUCGACAAGCAGUUAUGUUGGCUCCCGAGAGAGUUGACUAUGUUCAUCGAGCUAUGGAUCUGAAAACUCCGGCUCAGAGGCUCGGCAUGUUCAAGUUUCGUGUUGACGGCAUAUUGUUACCGUUCAGUCAUAGUCGUGAAGAGUUUACAGUACCAAAUCCAACCUUGUUUCAUUUCACAUGGCCAAUAAUGGAUAGUUUGGACCCGACAUCCGGUUGGCCGCUCAAAUCCUUCCUCGAGUUCAAUAUUGGGCCAACGAAGAGCGACAUAUACGGCAAGCUCUAUCAUUACCUCAGGCAGCUAUUUGUAGAGUUCCAUCACCGACUGCGGGCUUUUCCUGUAAGGUUUGAGCUUUUACAAGUCGAUGCAAGAUCUCUACAACUAGAUGAGAAGAAAUUUGAUCGCAUCGAUGUGAGCAAUAUUGCGGAUGUAUGUUUUCUUGGCAUUGACGAAACUUUAAAGACGUUUGGUCCAUUGCUUCAGCCUACAAAUAUCAACCGACAUGCGACUCUCAUCACGCUAUUCUUAAACGCCGUUCCAGAGAUGAUUAUGAUCAAAGAGAAAACAAUGUUUCCGCCGGAUAACAUGACAGAGCAGAUGGAUAAAGUUUUUCGAUACAUGCCUGAACUUCUACAGCCCACGACCACGAGCAUGAUCAAGAUUAUGAUGGCAAUGAAUCUAGUUCAAGACAUGGAGGGGAACUUCAAUAUGUAUACGAUGAUAUAUGCAUUUAACUCUGCGGCGCUUCGCUCUGGGCUACGGAUGAAAGAUACGCACACGAUAAUUGAGAGAUGGCCGAUGCGGAUCAGUCAGGAAUUAACAGAGCAGGCAAAAGAAUAUUUUGCCCUCUUACUCUCUUCGGACCAUAAUGGUCAGGAACGAUAUGUCGAGUGGAGUCGUGCAGUGUGAUGAAUGCGAAAGAAAUGAAGCUUAGGCAGUGGUUUAAUGCCCAGCUAGGCGGCAUUGUAGGCGCAUCGGCCUUUUCAACAAUGGUCACAGCUUUUGUAUAGUCUGCGAUUUGUCUUGUCCCGACCCUGGUUAGGAGAAGCAGCACCAUUUAGGUCCAUUCUAGAAAUAAAAUAAUAUGGCAGAUUUCAAGAUGA